CCCGUGUGCGCGGGGCGCCGGCUCCAUGGCGACCGGGCUCGGGGAGCCGGUCUACGGACUUUCGGAAGAGGAGGGAGAAUCCCGUAUUCUCAGAGUGAAAGUUGUUUCUGGAAUUGACCUCGCCAAAAAAGACAUAUUUGGAGCCAGUGACCCGUAUGUGAAGCUGUCAUUGUAUGUAGCUGAUGAGAACAGAGAACUGGCUUUGGUUCAAACAAAGACAAUUAAGAAGACGCUGAACCCAAAGUGGAAUGAAGACUUUUAUUUUAGAGUAAAUCCAUCUAAUCACAGGCUCCUUUUUGAAGUAUUUGACGAGAACAGAUUGACACGAGACGACUUCCUGGGCCAAGUGGACGUGCCUCUCAGUCACCUUCCGACAGAAGACCCAACCAUGGAGAGACCCUACACAUUUAAGGAUUUUCUCUUGCGACCUAGAAGUCACAAAUCUCGAGUCAAGGGGUUCUUGCGGUUGAAAAUGGCCUACAUGCCGAAAAAUGGAGGUCAGGACGAUGAAAACGGCGAUCAGAGGGACGACAUGGAGCACGGGUGGGAAGUUGUCGACUCAAACGACUCAGCUUCCCAGCACCAGGAGGAGCUCCCUCCCCCUCCCCUGCCACCGGGGUGGGAAGAGAAAGUGGACAAUUUGGGCCGCACUUACUAUGUCAACCACAACAACAGGAGCACGCAGUGGCACCGGCCCAGUUUGAUGGACGUGUCCUCCGAGUCAGACAAUAACAUCCGGCAGAUCAACCAGGAGGCUGCACACCGGCGCUUCCGCUCCCGCAGGCACAUCAGUGAAGAUUUGGAGCCCGAGGCCUCCGAAGGCGGUGGAGAGGGCCCUGAGCCUUGGGAGACCAUUUCCGAGGAAGUGAACAUGGCAGGGGACUCUCUCAGCCUGGCCCUGCCCCCACCUCCUGCCUCCCCAGUGUCUCGGACCAGCCCCCAGGAGCUGUCUGAAGAACUGAGCAGAAGGUUGCAGAUCACUCCAGACUCCAAUGGGGAACAGUUCAGCUCUCUGAUUCAGAGAGAGCCCUCGUCCAGACUCCGGUCCUGCAGUGUCACCGACACCGUUGCUGAGCAGGCUCAUCUACCACCGCCCAGCACCCCAAGUAGGCGAGCACGUUCGUCAACUGUCACGGGUGGUGAGGAAUCAACGCCAUCAGUGGCCUAUGUACAUACCACGCCGGGCCUACCUUCAGGCUGGGAAGAAAGAAAAGACGCUAAGGGGCGCACAUACUAUGUCAAUCAUAACAAUCGAACCACCACUUGGACUCGACCAAUAAUGCAGCUUGCAGAAGAUGGUGCCUCCGGAUCAGCCACAAACAGUAACAACCACCUAGCCGAGCCUCAGAUCCGCCGGCCUCGUAGCCUCAGCUCGCCAACAGUAACUCUCUCUGCCCCACUGGAGGGUGCCAAGGACUCACCCAUACGCCGUGCUGUGAAAGAUACCCUAUCCAACCCACAGUCCCCUCAGCCAUCACCUUACAACUCCCCCAAACCACAACACAAAGUCACACAGAGCUUCCUGCCGCCAGGCUGGGAGAUGCGGAUAGCGCCAAACGGCCGACCCUUCUUCAUUGACCAUAACACAAAGACUACAACAUGGGAAGACCCACGGCUGAAAUUUCCAGUACAUAUGCGGUCAAAAGCAUCUUUAAACCCUAAUGACCUGGGUCCACUUCCUCCCGGUUGGGAAGAGAGGAUCCACUUGGAUGGCCGCACAUUUUACAUCGACCACAAUAGUAAAAUUACCCAGUGGGAAGAUCCAAGACUACAGAACCCAGCCAUCACUGGUCCGGCUGUUCCGUACUCCAGAGAAUUUAAGCAGAAAUAUGACUACUUUAGGAAGAAAUUAAAGAAACCUGCUGAUAUUCCAAACAGGUUUGAAAUGAAACUUCACAGAAACAACAUAUUUGAAGAGUCCUACCGGAGGAUCAUGUCUGUGAAGAGACCUGAUGUCCUGAAGGCUAGACUGUGGAUUGAGUUUGAGUCCGAGAAAGGCCUGGACUAUGGGGGCGUAGCCAGAGAAUGGUUCUUCCUGCUGUCCAAAGAGAUGUUCAACCCCUACUACGGCCUCUUUGAGUACUCUGCCACUGACAACUACACACUCCAGAUCAAUCCCAACUCCGGCCUCUGUAACGAAGACCACCUGUCCUACUUCACAUUCAUUGGAAGAGUCGCUGGCUUGGCGGUGUUUCACGGGAAACUCUUAGACGGAUUCUUCAUCCGACCAUUCUACAAGAUGAUGUUGGGGAAGCAGAUAACCCUGAACGACAUGGAGUCCGUGGACAGCGAAUACUACAACUCCUUGAAAUGGAUCUUAGAAAACGACCCCACGGAACUUGACCUCAUGUUCUGCAUAGAUGAAGAGAACUUUGGGCAGACAUAUCAAGUGGAUCUGAAGCCCAACGGGUCAGAAAUAAUGGUAACGAAUGAGAACAAAAGAGAAUAUAUUGAUUUAGUAAUCCAGUGGAGAUUUGUGAACAGGGUCCAGAAGCAAAUGAAUGCCUUCUUGGAGGGGUUUACAGAACUUCUUCCAAUCGAUUUGAUUAAAAUUUUCGAUGAAAACGAGCUGGAGUUGCUGAUGUGCGGCCUCGGGGACGUGGACGUGAAUGACUGGAGACAGCACUCUAUUUACAAGAAUGGCUAUUGCCCCAACCACCCCGUCAUCCAGUGGUUCUGGAAGGCUGUGCUGCUGAUGGACGCCGAGAAGCGGAUCCGGUUACUACAGUUUGUCACAGGCACCUCCCGAGUACCCAUGAACGGAUUUGCCGAACUUUACGGUUCCAAUGGUCCUCAGCUGUUUACAAUAGAGCAAUGGGGUAGUCCUGAAAAACUGCCCAGAGCUCACACAUGCUUUAAUCGCCUUGACUUACCUCCAUAUGAAACCUUCGAGGAUUUACGGGAGAAGCUUCUCAUGGCCGUGGAGAACGCUCAAGGCUUUGAAGGUGUGGACUAAGGAAGGCCUUCUGCGCCGGGGACACUGCCCUUCCAGCGAGUUCCACGUGCACUUUGCAUUUGCCUAGCAGACUUUUGCAGAGCCGGUGGCAGAAGCAGUUGCCUGGCCUGGCUCCGGAGCCCAGCUUGUCCAGGCCCUGCCCGGGUUCCGACAGGGAACCCAGCCCCUUCCACCACCAAUUCUCAACUGGUUGACGUGUAAACUGAUUACAUUUCAGGAGGACUUGUUCUAUUUAUGUUGUGCCUCUGCAGGCAAAGCCCUUAAUAAAUAUUUUGCAUACUUUCUAAUGACAAUGAAUGGAAUUAAUCACGUUACAGGUAUAGUAUUACAACUCAUGUUUACUUUUUAAAAUGAUUUAGACUGAUUUUCAGAUUUUAUUUCAUUACAAUUAAAGAUGUCUCAUGUUCUUGGAAAA